AUGUCUCAAAAAGUGUUAACAUUGAAGGAAAAAGUGGAUGUGAUAAAAUAUUAUAAGAGUGAAAAAUGUGGAGUUCACAAACUAGCUGAACAAUUUUAUAUUGAGAAGACACAAGCAGCUGAAACAGUGAAAAAUAAAGACAAAAUUAUUGAAAUGUGGUUUGACAAUCGGAACGAAAAACAAUGUGGAAAAACUUCUUUGAAUGGUGCUGGUAUCUUUGUGGAUAGUGUAGUUUUCGAAUCGUUUUGCAUAGUACGAGCUCAUAAUGUUCCAGGGUCGAGUCCACUGAUUCAAAAUAAAGCCUUGGAAGUAGCAAAAGAAGUAGGAGCUUCUGAUUUUAAAGCUUCUAAUGGCUGGUUGGAAAAAUUUCGUGUGAGACAUAAAAUUUCCUACAAAACCGUUUGCGCAGAAUCAGCUGCUGUGAAUGUGGAUACAGUUGACGGAUGGAUAAAAAAGUUGCCAAGUGAAACGUGUUCUGGUACUAAAAGUUCAAAAGAGAGAUUGACAGUUUUAUUAUGUGCAUAUGUGCAUGGUGAAAAAGAAAAGCCUCUUGUCAUCGACAAAGCUGCUAAACCUAGAUUCUUCAAAGGACUUGGCGUAAAAAACUUUCCUGUUCACUGUAAGCAUAACAAGAAGUCUUGGCUGACUCGAGAAAUAAUGGAAUGGCUGAUGGAUCUCGACAGAAAAAUGAAGCGGCAGAAAAGAAAAAUCCUACUUUUGUUCGACAAUGCCACGUCACAUCAUGAAAUUAAAUUAGAUUUUGUAAAAGCAGUGCUUUUUCCAAUAACUGAAGAAGAAUCAACAGAAACCCAGACAACUGCUGAUGAUGAUGGUCUCCUUGCUAAUUUGCUUCAAACUGCUGGCGGUGCUGCUGUUUCCGCAGAUGACUAUGUAAACGUUGACACCGAUUAA